AUGUCUCUUGACUACUGUAUGGUCUCUAACAGAGUAAAACUCUGUAAGGUUACUGUUUGUAUGCUUGUGACCCUAGUUAUCUUGUCCAUUUUGGCUUCUAAUACUAAUGCAUUUGAAUGUACAGGUCCAGAUUCUUGUAAUGGUAGAGGUUUUUGUUCAACCACAGGUGAUUCUUGUCAAUGUUUGACAACUCUCAACUAUGAUUUGAAUAAUAAUGCCAAUACUAUGGUUGCUAACUCUUCCCUUUCAUUCUAUACUCUAGGUUCAAGUGAUGGAGAAGAACCAUCCUAUACUUUCAUUUCUGGUAAUACUACCUAG